CCUCCUCUUCCCGACUCCCUCCCGGCGCCGCUAAGUUUCUUCGCUCGGGAUCGCGCGCAGAGCUGGGGCCGGGCCCGAGCGGCGCCCCCGCUGCCCUGUCCCCGCGCGCAGACCCCGGGCCCGGCCCCGGCCCCACCGAGCCAUGCUGUGCGGCCGCUGGAGGAGCAGCCGCCGCCGGCCAGAGGAGCCCCCGGUGCCGGCCCAGGUCGCAGCGCCGGUCGCGCUCCCGUCCCCGCCAGCGCCCCCGGACGGCGGCACCAAGAGACCCGGACUGCGGGCGCUGAAGAAGAUGGGCCUGACGGAGGACGAGGACGUGCGCGCCAUGCUGCGGGGCUCCCGGUUCCGCAAGAUCCGCUCGCGCACGUGGCACAAGGAGCGCCUGUACCGGCUGCAGGAGGACGGCCUGAGCGUGUGGUUCCAGCGGCGCAUCCCGCGCGCGCCGUCGCAGCACAUCUUCUUCCUGCAGCACAUCGAGGCCGUCCGCGAGGGCCACCAGUCGGAGGGCCUGCGGCGCUUCGGGGGCGCCUUCGCGCCGGCGCGCUGCCUCACCAUCGCCUUCAGAGGCCGCCGCAAGAACCUGGACCUGGCGGCGCCCACGGCCGAGGAGGCGCAGCGCUGGGUGCGCGGCCUGGCCAAGCUGCGCGCGCGCCUCGACGCCAUGACCCAGCGCGAGCGCCUCGACCACUGGAUCCACACCUAUCUGCACCGGGCAGACUCCGACCAGGACAGUAAGAUGAGCUUCAAGGAGAUCAAGAGCCUGCUCAGAAUGGUCAACGUGGACAUGAAUGACAUGUAUGCCUACCGCCUCUUCAAGGAGUGUGACCACUCCAACAACGAGCGGCUGGAGGGGACUGAGAUCGAGGAGUUUCUGCGGCGGCUGCUGAAACGUCCGGAGUUGGAGGAGAUCUUCUAUAAGUACUCGGGCGAGGACCAUGUGCUGAGUGCCCCUGAGCUGCGGGAGUUCCUGGAGGACCAGGGCGAGGAUGGCGCCACGCUAGCCCACGCUCAGCACCUCAUCCAGACCUAUGAGCUCAAUGAGACAGCCAAGCAGCAUGAACUGAUGACACUGGAUGGCUUCAUGAUGUACCUGCUGUCACCCAACGGGGCUGCCCUGGACCCAGCCCACACGUGUGUGUUCCAGGACAUGGACCAGCCCCUUGCCCACUACUUCAUCUCCUCCUCCCACAACACCUACCUGACCGACUCUCAGAUCGGGGGGCCCAGCAGCACCGAGGCCUAUGUUAGGGCCUUUGCCCAGGGAUGUCGCUGUGUGGAGCUGGACUGCUGGGAGGGGCCUGGAGGGGAGCCCGUCAUCUAUCACGGCCACACGCUCACCUCCAAGAUCCUAUUCCGAGAUGUGGUCCAGGCUGUGCGUGACCACGCCUUCACACUGUCCCCAUACCCUGUCAUCCUGUCCCUUGAGAACCACUGUGGGCUGGAGCAGCAGGCUGCCAUGGCCCGCCACCUCCGCACCAUCCUGGGGGACAUGCUGGUGACACAGGCACUGGACUCCCAGAACCCUGAAGAGCUGCCAUCCCCAGAGCAGCUGAAGGGCCGGGUCCUGGUGAAGGGGAAGAAGCUUCCAGCUGUUCGGAGUGAGGAUGGCCGAAUUUUAUCUGACCGGGAGGAGGAGGAAGAAGAGGAGGAGGAAGAGGAGGAGGCAGAGGCUGCAGAACAGAGGCGGCUGGCCAAGCAGAUCUCCCCGGAACUGUCGGCCCUGGCUGUGUACUGCUGUGCCACCCGCCUGCGGAACCUGCGCCCUGCCCCCACCCUGCCCCAGCCCUGCCAGGUCAGCUCCCUCAGCGAGCGCAAGGCCAAGAAGCUCAUCCGAGAGGCAGGGAAUAGCUUCGUCAGGCACAAUGCCCGCCAGCUGACCCGUGUCUACCCGCUGGGGCUGCGGAUGAACUCGGCCAACUACAGCCCCCAGGAGAUGUGGAACUCGGGCUGUCAGCUGGUGGCCCUGAACUUCCAGACGCCAGGUUAUGAGAUGGACCUCAAUGCUGGGCGCUUCCUCAUCAACGGACAGUGUGGCUACGUCCUGAAACCUGCCUGCCUGCGGCAGCCUGACACAACCUUUGACCCUGAGUGUCCUGGACCCCCCAGAACUACGCUCACCAUCCAGGUGCUGACUGCACAGCAGCUGCCCAAGCUGAAUGCCGAGAAGCCAAACUCCAUCGUGGACCCCCUGGUACGCGUGGAGAUCCAUGGCGUGCCUGCAGACUGUGCUCGAAAGGAGACCAACUAUGUGCUCAACAACGGCUUCAACCCCCGCUGGGGGCAGACCCUGCAGUUCCAGCUGCGGGCUCCGGAGCUGGUGCUGGUCCGGUUCGUGGUAGAAGAUUAUGACACCACCUCCCCCAAUGAUUUUGUGGGCCAGUUUACACUGCCUCUCAACAGCCUGAAGCAAGGGUACCGCCACAUCCACCUGCUUUCCAAGGAUGGGGCCUCACUGUCCCCAGCCACGCUCUUCGUCCAUAUCCGCAUCCAGUGCUCCUGAGGGCCCAAGUGACCCACUCUGGGCAGAGACCCUCUCCUCCUCUGGAGUGGAGGGGCGGUGGGAGUGCCAGCCCCUCCAGCCUGCCCACUUUGCCUGCUCUCCAGACUCUGGUCUCAACUGGGUGAAGGUGGCCUCGGCCCCUCCUGAAAACAGGCGGUUGAUCUUUUCCCUGCCAUUGCCUCCAGCUCCUGGGGUCCUCGGCCCACCCCUCAUCGUGGCUUAUGAAGAGCCAGGCCUGUUGCUGCCAGGAGACUUGAGGGGCAGGACACGUGAGCCCUCACAGCAGGGCCAUCCCAGCCUCUUUCCCCACAGGAGUCCAUCUCCCUUUGCUCCCCCCAGGCAUUAGUCAUCCCCCAAGGCCCUCCUACCCCCGAGGCUUUUCUGGCCUCCUCCCUCCCGCUCUUGAACCUGAGCUCGCCUCUCUUCUUAAAGCAAGAAGCGAGAGCUGAGGCUUGGAGCCCUGAGAAACCUAGGAGGAGGUUUUUAACUUGUGUCAGAGAAGAGCCGUGGAGAGGGCAGGAGAACAAGACUAUCUGUUUUAAAAAAUAAAGAAGCAAGUUUAUUUAA